AUGGGCAACAACCUCUCUUCCACUUUUGAGCCAGACCUGUCCAAGGUCGUCCUCAGCCCGACGGACCGCCGCGCCGACAUGAUCCUCGGCGUCACCUGGCUCAUUGUAAUCUACCUCAUGGUGAUGAUCUGGACGACUUGCGCGCUGGUCGACCGGUGGAAGGGCCCGCAGGAUAGGAUACGCGUUGGAGGGGGCAGAGUGUUUAUGGCGCUGGUCAUGUCGGCGGCGUGGCCGGCCGUGGUGGUUUACUUGGCAAUGGCGAGUGGGUGA